AUGUGUGGUAUCAUUGACUCUUGGUUCAGAGGAGCUGUCGUCUCAGCCAUGAAAAACAUACAACCGAGAAGCCUUCACUAUGUGACCAUAGUCUCUGUCCUCUUCACCUCAUCUUUAUCAGCUGAAGGUGUUCAGAUCAGAUUGGUUGGAUCUGGUUCUACUCGCUGUUCUGGAAGAGUUGAAGUUUAUCACAACGGUGUUUGGGGAACAGUCUGUGAUGACGACUGGGACUUCAAUGAUACUCAGGUGGUUUGCAGACAGUUGGGCUGUGACACAAGAGACAUUGUCCCUUUUACACCAAGGUUUGGUGAAGGUACUGGUCAAAUCUGGCUGGACGAUGUGUCCUGUUUAGGAAAUGAGAGUUCAUUAACUGAUUGUCAGCACAAAGGAUUUGGGAAUCACGACUGUAGUCAUACUGAGGAUGUUAGUGUGGCCUGCUCAGGCUCUGACAUUAGACUGGCAGGGUCUGGUUCUACUCAGUGUUCUGGAAGAGUUCAAGUGUCUCAAAACGGUACCUGGGGAACAGUCUGUGAUGACGACUGGGACUUGAAUGAUGCUCAGGUGGUCUGCAGACAGCUGGGCUGUGGGUCGGCACUGAGUGCCCAUCCAUCAGCCCACUUUGGUCAAGGUUCUGGUCCAGUCUGGCUCACUGAUGUGCGCUGUUCAGGACAUGAGCAGUAUUUAGUUCAGUGUGAACAUGGAGGAUUAGGGAGACGUCACUGUGGACAUGAUAAGGAUGUUGGUGUGGUCUGUGAAGAUGUUCAGAUUAAACUGGUUGGGCCUGGUUCUACUCAGUGUUCUGGAAGAGUUGAGGUCUACUACAACGGUACCUGGGGAAGAGUUUGUAAUCUGUACUGGGGCUUUUCUGAUGCACAAGUGGUUUGCAGACAGAUGGGCUGUGAGACGGCUCAGGCAGUGUCUGCUGCAGGCCAGUUUGGUGAAGGUACUGGUCCAGUCUGGCUGGAUGAUGUGCGCUGUUCAGGAAAGGAGAGUUCUUUAACUGAGUGUCCUCACCACAAAUCUGAAACACAUGACUGUGAAUAUGGUAAAGAUUUCGGUGUGGUUUGUUCAGGUUAUCAAGUCAGACUGGCAGGGUCUGGUUCUACUCGGUGUUCUGGAAGAGUUGAAGUUUAUCUGAAUGGUGCCUGGGGAACAGUCUGUGAUGACAGAUGGGACCUGAAUGAUGCUCAGGUGGUCUGCAGACAGCUGGGCUGUGGGACAGCUCUGAGUGCCCCUGGUUCAGCCCACUUUGGUCAAGUGAGUCUGCAGGAACCCAGCAUUUCUGUCACGUCUCCUAAUGAAGGGCUCACGUGGGGUCCUGAAGGUGCAGAAGUCAUCAGAGGUUACAGCUUCGUCAUCACCUGCUCUAUUAAGGCCAACUCUUCUCAAGGCCGUUUCUCUCUGAUGCUCUCUGACUCCACCAUCAUCAACCCUGACCUUAAAGACAACAACUCGGCCUCCUUCAUCUUCCCUGUAGCUCUGUACGAACACCAGAACAACUACACCUGUGUGCAUAAAGUGACAACCAAGGACUCCAACUCCACAGAGACAGCAACCAUUAGUAUCAUCAUUAAAUUUCCAACAGCUUUUUUCAUCAGACAUGUGACCCUGCCGCUGUUUCUGGUGCUGGAGAUCUGUGGCCUUUAUUUCUACUUUAAGGCCAAAAAACGACAGAUGUCACUUCGGGUGUCUAGAGCCUGAGGAGGAACGGCUUCAGAAGAAUGAAUCCAGGGAAGAGAGAGUGCAGGAGAUGUAGGCGGAGAUGAUGGUGAACACACAAAAUGGACGUUAACUCUGCACUGACACGAGACUAGGUUUAGGUGUUCAAAUAAAUAUGAAGUGGAAUUAACAUAAUAUUGUGCAGACCUUAAUAAUGAAAAGUAAGAAAGUGUUUUUUUUUAAUCAUGUCCAAUCAUCACCUCAUUCUGUCACUUUUUCAGCACAUCUCAUAAGUAAAUACAAAGUUCAUGACACUGAUGAUUUGAAAGUUGUUGCAGUAAAAAUGUUACUAUAAGAGAGGAUUAAUGAAUGAUUCAUAAGUAGGUUUUAAUAAAUUGAUUUAAGGUUCACUGUUUGACAGGUUGAUGCUGCCAAAAUGUCUGAUCUUAUGUUUGCUUAGUUUACUAUCAGCAACUUAAACCAUUUCAUGAGUUACCUUUAAAAUCUACAAAUGGACAAAAGUGUAAAAUAUGUAAAAUUUGUAACCUUUAAAUAAUGAUUCACAACCUGACUGAAUCUGGAAUUUUUUGCUAGUUUUAGUCUGUACAUACUUGACAAUGACAAUAAAAGACUUUACAAUUAGCAUUCUUUAUUAAAUAUAGAAACUCACCUGACUCACCUUAACUUUUAUUGAAAGCUGUCAAAUGUAUCUUCACUUUUUUUUUUCUGUUUUUUUGUUCUUGGUCACCAGUUACUGCUGUUGAAUACAUUGAUGUACAGUUAAUACCUGAGUAAAUGGACAUGUAUUUUUGAAAGAUGCAGCUUUGUUUUUAUCUUUGAUAUUUGUACUUCAAUACAAUGGAAUUUUGUAAAUGACAUAAAGUAUAUGAAUUCAGUAAAACUAUGAACAUUUU